AUGAAUCCAGGCUGGAUGACUUUAGUUUCUUCUGAAACGGUACUAGUUUUUAAAGACGAAGAUACUUUUCCAACUUUCCAUGUUUCCUCGGAUGUUCCUUCACUAGAAGAACCGGUUAUGAAUCAUACUUCUUGGAAAGAAUUGAAAAAUGCUACUUUGAGCGAAGACUGUAUGAAAUAUUUUUCUUCAACACACAUCAUUCUACUAUUUAAACAUAUGAAAAUAUAUGGUUGUAAGCCUUUGAAAGACGAAUCAGGUAUCGUAAAUUGUAAAGAAUGUUCAAAAAAAGUUUUACCAUACGGGUUCAUUGACCAUUCUGUCAAUUGUGAAAAAAUAAAAGCUGAAGAAUUUGAAGCUGCUCAAAAUGCAGAUGCAUCUACGGAUGUUUCGGCUAAUGAUGUAACAGUCGAGAAAUUUGUGAAAACUCCUAUCGCAGAAACCUAUACUUCGAGUCAUUCGAGCAAGAAACGUAAGAAGUCGGUAGCCUCUGAAGGACCUAUUGAUUUGGACAGGCAAUGUGGAGUAAUUGUUCCACCGAAUAAUACACCUUGCGCACGUUCAUUGACUUGUAAAAGCCACUCGAUGGCUUUGAAACGCGGUGUAUUGGGUAGAUCACAAUCAUAUGAUCUUUUGCUUGCUGCAUAUCAGAAAAAAUCUAUUGGACGCCCUCAAAAUAAUGGUAUACAAAGUAAUAAACAAGACAAUGUAAAGAAAGAUGGAAAAUUGCUUAUCCCCGAGAAAGAGGAAGAGGAGAUGGUCGAUUCCGAAGAAGAAGUUGAUGCCGUCAUGUCAGCAAUAAUGUAUAGUAAUCCUCAGCCACUUGUCACACGACCAGAAUCUUUUGUUCCACAAAGAAGUAAUUACUUUAUUUAUAGUAACGAUAUCCUUCCAAAAGGAAUUGCUUAA